GAUUAUAGUCCGGCCCACAGUUUUUGUUCAAAAGCUUCCCUCUUGCUUUUUUCAUCGCGUUGUCAUCUCAAAUGACCGGUCAUGUGACAGAGUGAAAUACUGGAGCUGUUUUCUCUGCCUCUGUUCUUUACUCAGCGUUUGUUCUUCACACUGGAGUCGUUCCUGAUGAGGCUGUACAGAAUGGUGUCUUUGGUAAUAAUCGCUGGACUACUGGCUCUUGCCUCUGGUAAACCAUGUGAAACUCAAACAUCUAAUAAUGAGCUGUUCCUGUCACUCAAUAAGAAUCUGCUUCGCUCUCUGGAGACGCGGGAAGGACUCCCCAAUCCCAGUGUCCACUUGGCAUUACGGCUCUCUGAUUACCAUAACCUUGCUAAGGAGAGCGAACACUUAAAUAAACUGAAAAAUGAUUUGCACAAUGACAUUCAAAGCUCUCUCUCUAACAGCCAGUCGGCGGUCGGCCUCUUGGCGCUGUACACUCUGGCUUUGAAGUCCUCCUGCUAUGACCUCAACACAAUCACUUUCACCGUCAGUGAGAAGAGCGAGACGCUGCUGACACACCUGAAGAAACAGAUGGAACUGGAAAAAGAGCAUAUAGCCUUCAGCCACCGCCCUUUGACCAACUAUUACCAGUACUCUCUGGGUGUGCUCGGUCUUUGCGUGAGCGGCAUCAGGGUCAACAACCAUGUCAGCAACAAGCUCAUCAAGGCAGCAGAACAUGAGCACUUCAAACAUGGAGAAACUGAGAGUAUUGAUACCUAUGCCAUGGCUGGAAUGGCACUCCAGUGUGUGAACGACGCUGGUUCACAUGUGCAGAACGCUGCGGAGCUCAACACAGCCCUCAGCAAGAUCAAGCAGAAGCUCUUGGCGUCUCGUAGGACCGACGGUCAUAUUGGUAAUGAGUUCAGCACAGGCCUUGCAGUUCAAGCCUUACUGGCAAUGGGGAGCCAUGUUGCAGAGUGUGCUGCCUCAAUGGAGGCCAUGAGGACAGACGCCAGAAGCAACACAUACCAUAACGCCAUGGCCAUAUCUCAGAUUCUGCCAGCUCUCCAGCAGAAAUCAUACCUGACAAUAAAAAACAGGGAGUGUCUCAAUGAGGAUGACACUCUGGUGCUGGAGCCCAUAGAUCCUGUGGAAGUUUUACCAAGCCAGACCAAAGUGAGUGUGACGGUGGAGGUGGUUACGUCUAGCGGAACAGCUGCUCAUUACACUGUGGACGUGCCAAAGGGCAGGUCUCUGUUGGAGGCCCUUGAACUUCUCAAGGGGAAAAAUGUUGGAUUCACUUUUGAUAAGGAGACCAGUCUGUGGGGACCUUUCUUAAGUAUGGUGAACGGAGAGCAGGCGAGACAGAGCGACCGCAGAUACUGGCAUCUCUCCUCUGACGGCACUGCGCUUACUGAAGGUAUCAACGAUUUCAAGAUUGAAGCGACUCAAACGAUCUCCAUCAAAAACACAGUCUACUGAGAAUCAGUCUCUGCCGAUGCAACAGUGAUUGUUGAGGAUCAAAAGCAAUUUAUUUUUGUUCGGUUCUCUGCUGUUUGAACCAGUGAUUAUACUUUAAUAUGCCAUAAUCUGUGAGGAAUUGGUCGAACUGGUUUCAUAGAAUUUAUGCAUUUCAUGUAGGUUUGAAGCUUGAAUAAAAGUGUAAUUUAGAACUAAUUAAACAGACAUUGCUGUGAACAUAUUUGUAUGUGAAUUGUAAAGUUUUUGUAAUAGAAUGUUAUUUUUAAAUCAGUAAUAAAAGUGUUUCCAAUACAAA